AUGUCGAUACAGAUGUCGCAAACGUAUAAAUCACCAGGAAGUAGCGAUGGAGGUGAAUUUUUUCUCUCUUCCCCAGAUACCGACAACAACCAGGUGGCGGGUACCGAUCCAGCUCCUUCACCAAGGCAAAUUCAUGGCCUGUCCUGGGCCAUGGUCGUGAUCGCAAUCCUUUCCAGCAUCUUUCUAUAUGCUUUGGACAAUACUGUUGUUGCUGAUGUAACACCUGCUGCAGUAAAUGAUCUUGGAGACAUUGCAGAGCUGCCGUGGCUUUCAGUUGGAUUUCUCCUCGGUGGUACAGCUGUGGUCUUACCUUUUGGCAGAUUAUAUGGGCUUUUUAAUGCGAAAUGGCUUUACAUUUUGUCUUCUGUACUCUUCAACAUUGGCUCAGCCCUCUGUGGCGCAGCUCCCACUAUGAAAGCCCUCAUCGUUGGCCGUGUUCUGGCUGGGAUGGGCGGCAACGGCAUGUAUUUAGGAGUUAUGACCCUCCUAUCCGUCAACACGUCUGAUAAAGAAAGGCCAGGCUAUCUAAGCUUCGUGGGCUUAAUCUGGGGCAUAGGCACUGUCCUUGGACCAGUGGUUGGCGGCGCUUUUGCAGAAUCGAAGGCCACAUGGCGAUGGGCCUUUUAUAUGAACCUGUGUGUAGCAGCACUUUUCGCGCCUGUUUAUAUUUGGCUGAUUCCUUCAUUCAAACCACGACCUGGGGUCAAAGUUGUUAGUCUGCUUUGUGCAUUCGACUUCUUUGGUACCAUCCUAAGUGUCGCUGCCAUCAUGUCCCUUUUCAUGGCCAUCAACUUUGGCGGUGCGCUGUAUGCAUGGGGAAGUGGCCAAACAAUUGCCCUAUUCAUCACUGUGACUGAUAGAAUAUUUCCCUGCCAAUUUCUAGGCAAUUUCAAUGCCGUACUCUUGUAUAUCUGUGCGUCGGCAAUCAACACCUCCGCGUUCGUCCCCAUUUAUUAUAUCCCUCUAUACUUUCAAUUUACUCGUGGUGACGACGCGAUCAAAUCGGCAGUCCGCUUACUGCCGAUGAUUGUCACUUUAAGCGCUCUUAUACUCUGCAAUGGGCACCUAAUGUCAAAGUUCAGCUACUUUCAGCCAUGGUAUACGGCUGGAAGUGUGUUAACAGUCAUCGGCGGAGCUCUACUCUAUCGAGUUACACCACAAACAUCCUCUGCUAGUGUUUAUGGCUUUGAGGUAUUGGUUGGUGCCGGGACAGGGUGUUUUGUUCAAGCUGGAUAUGCUGUGAUACAGGCUGUGGUAUCUCCAACCGACCUAGCAUAUGCCAUCAGUUUCAUGAUGCUCGCCCAGCUUGGCGGAAUUGCACUCGGUCUGUCCAUUGCGGGAUCCAUCUUCAUCAAUAAGUCGCUAGCAGGUCUUUCAUCGGUCCUACCCGACAUACCUCGGUCACAGCUUCAGUUUGCAAUUGCGGGCACAAGUGGUGACUUUAUCAGAUCUCUUCCGGAUGCACUCCGUGACCAAGCAAUUGCGUCUAUCGUGGUGGCCCUUCGGAGUGUAUUCGUGCCUGUCUUUGUGGGAGGCGCAGUCUGUUUAGUCGUUUCGGUUUUCUUCACGCAACGAAAACUCUUCAAGGACGUCCAAGCAAUCGCCGCAUGA